UAUAAACGUAAUUUUGCGAUCUCGAUCGACGCGAAGCCGGCGAAAAAUAGUUGAAUCGAAUCGGCGAAGCAAUGGCGGCGGAGAUAUACGAGCUCAGGAAUGACAGCAUCACCGUCAAAGUGUCCAACUUCGGCGCCACCAUCACGUCCCUCCUGGUCCCCGAUGCCGAUGGGAAUAUCGCGGAUGUAGUGCUCGGUUUCGAUACUGUCGAGCCGUACCAGAAAGGUGCUUCUCCCUACUUCGGAUGUGUUGUUGGGCGGGUAGCAAACAGAAUUAAAGAAGGAAAGUUUUCUCUCAAUGGGGUUGAACAUUCCUUGUUUAUCAACAAUGGACCAAACAGCCUUCAUGGUGGAAAGACAGGUUUUGAUAAGGUGCUGUGGGAGGUUGCUGAAUCUAACAAAAAUGAUAAGUUCCCAUCAAUCACCUUGAAGUAUCAUAGCAAGGAUGGAGAGGAAGGUUACCCUGGGGAUCUCUCUGUCACUGCUAAGUACUCCCUCCCUUCGAGCACGUCACUGAAGCUUGAAAUGGAAGCUGUUCCGGCUAACAAAGCCACUCCUGUCAGUCUAGCUCAACACACUUACUGGAAUCUUUCUGGGCACAACUCUGGCAACAUUCUUGAUCACUCCAUCCAGAUAUGGGCAUCUCAUAUCACUCCUGUUGACAAUAACCAGAUCCCAACCGGCGAAAUCAAGCCCGUCAGUGGCACCCCCUUUGAUUUCACAACAGAAAACAAGAUAGGCAGCAGAAUCUGUGAAGUAAUUGGUGGUUAUGAUCACAACUAUGUGCUGGACUGUGGAGAAGAGAAAUCUGGCUUAAAGCAUGCAGCCAAAGUCAAAGAACCUUUAAGCUCGAGGGUGCUCAACUUGUGGACCGACGCACCUGGCAUGCAGUUCUACACCGGGAACUUUGUAGACGGUGUUGUGGGCAAGGGUGGGGCAGUGUAUGGGAAGCAUGCAGGAUUGUGCCUGGAGACACAGGGGUUUCCGAAUGCCAUCAACCAACCGAACUUUCCAUCAGUUGUGGUGCAGCCUGGAGAGAAGUACAAGCACACCAUGGUGUUUGAGUUUUCGGCCGAGUGAGGUCUUCUUCCAUGAUUCUAUUUAUCUGUUCUCUCUCUUAUUGCAUUCUAACUUGACGAAUAAGUUAUAUAGAACAUGAGGAAUAAGGGUAGAGCAUGGGCCUUGUUGGUUAUACCCAUUUUGACAUUGUUGCAGAUUCUUUUCCAUAUCAUUAAAAUGAUCAAAAGAUUUGUGUUA